AUGGAAGACGAAUACAUCCCCUCAGAUGCCCUUGGACCUCAGAGGUGCAAUGUUUGCGACAAGAUGACUGGCUUGAAACUAUGCAGUGCCUGCAAAGUCGUCAGCUAUUGCGGUGCUGCCGAUCAGGCCACCGAUCGACCACACCACAAGAAAGCGUGCAAGGCAAUCAAGAAGGCCCGAGAACACCUCGAGGCCGAGGAAGCAAGGCUCCGAGCGCUGCCCGCCGACAUGUUCCGACCGGCAGAUGUCUUCAACACCUGUGUUGGGAGAUUCUGGGGCAUCUUGGACACGCGUGACUACAUGCGAGCAAGAUAUGCAGCUGCCGAUGCAUUGCUCAAAGUCAAUACUCGCGUCGCUGUUGAAAAGGCACUCGAUCACUUGACUGAUAUGCUUCGCCUCAAUCGGAGCGACAACAUGGGUUUGAGAAGCAUUGUUCCCGCACUUCAAUUACGACUCGGUCGCGAGCAAGAGUGCUACGAUUUCCUCAAGUGGUGGGCAACCACUGGCAGUCAGGGCGAUUACGAUUGGGGUGAUACCUCGCUACCCCAUCUAGAUAUUCGUGGAGCCGAUGUACUCGAAGGCAUCGGAAUGUUCUCCAGAAACUCAGAAGUCGCUCAUCUUGUGGCUCUGACGCUUCUCAAGUUGCGCCUUUUCCUCGACCUUUCCCGUUUCGAGGAUCCGGAUUACAUGGACGACAUCGACGAUCCUGAUCACAAAUUCGAUCCAUAUGAGCGGUCUCCAGGAUCUCUUUCAAGAGACCUGAUGCGCCGUGACAAUGUUGAUCUGCGCAGCAUGACCGAAAAACUGCAGAAACAGUAUCACAUGCUCCUGAGCCGCGUCCAAGAGGAGAACCCGCACUUUUGGUCAUUGCUGGUGGACGACGCGAUUGAUCCAGUCGUACCACCCAUGUAUAGUCCCGGCACGAAAGAAGAGGCUAUGCUUGUUCUCUAUUACUGCAAGCAGGCCUGGGAAGAAAGUGAAGAUGCCAUACUUAUGGUUGAUGCGGACACAGCAAAGCUGACUCCCGUAUACAAGGGCCCAAAUGUCGCCGCUAAUGCGGGCACUGCUCAACCAUCAGUUGGGAAUCUGGAAAAGCGUCGAGGCACGGGAAAGGUGUUUCCGUCGAUAUUCACACCUCCGUCGCCUACUUCCGAGCCAGAAGAUCAUUUCCCUCUCUCCCUUCUGCCUCCCAAGCAUGUUUCUCGCUUUGUCCACCUGCACGAUCGCAAAAAAGGCCUUGUGUAUGUUGAUGGCGCAUGUUCGAACAACGGGAAGUUGAGCCCGCGGGCUGGCUGGGCCGUCGUAUAUGAUGACCGCUAUGGAUUAACAGACUUGAAGGGGCGGCUAGAAUCCAGAGGUCCAUUUGGAGAGGAAUACGAGGCCACUAGCAACCGCGCCGAGCUGCGGGCAGCCAUCGCAGCCUUACGUCGUAAGGAUUGGCGGGACGAGGGCUUCGAAUGCCUUGUCGUUGCGACAGAUUCUUCAUACGUUGUGAACGGUGCAACAGCAUGGGCAAGGAGCUGGCUUCGUAACGGAUGGACCACGAGUGAGGGCCACGCAGUGAAGAACAAAGACCUGUGGGAAUUGUUGCUGGGCGAGGUUGAGAGAUGGGACGAACAAGGCCUGAAGAUUGAGCUCUGGAGAAUUCCAAGAGAGGCCAACACCGAGGCCGACGCAGCCGCAAAGAAGGCUGCUGGAGAGAUGAUGGAGUACGAAUUCACGGACGGACCCGCCGUACUUGGAUCCCGCGCCCUGCGCUACAAAGUCAUUGCCGUGGGCCUUGACCACCAAGGUCUCCUUGAAGAGCAAUAUCCAGAUCUCUGUUCAGUUAUCAGGAAUAGGGGCAGUCUUUAUCAAGCAAGUGGAGAAACAAGCGCCCUUCAACUGCUCGGCCUGGAAGUGCCUCCAACUGUCAUUCUCAUCACUGAUGGUGCCGUUGCACGCUUGACAAAGGUUUGGGAGCGCAUCAUCGACCUCCUCCGUGGGGGCGUCACUGUGGUGCUAGCUGGAUUUUUCAGCAGUUCCUUGAAUGAAGGCCAAUUCACCCGCCUCUUCGCAAAGAUUGGUCUACCAUGGGAGCGAGGUUCAUAUCACCGGGCCACGGUCAAGUUGCGCCAUCAGUCCGUCCCGGCUCACCUGCACAACUCACUUCCUGUUGAAGACAGCCAGAAACCGCUAUUCGUGAAAAAUGUCGACAAAUCAGCGAUUUGGUAUGCUGAAUCAAGCAAUCCCAACGAGGGCGCAGUGGUGUUCGCUAGCGUGGGCAACGGGAAGCUGGGAUAUGUUGGAGAUUGCAGUGGUUCUGAGGCCUCAACCGCCAUCAUCAAAGCCAUGUGUGGUCUUUCACCCUAG